AAGAGAGGGUGAUGUGCCACAAUGGUCGGAGGACUGACUGCUGUUAUACUUCUAAGUACACUGCAUGUGAUUCGGACCCUCAAGGUUCCUCACCAGACCUCUUUGACUGAGACUAAACUCGGUGAUAAUGUGACUUUAUCAUGUAGACCGUCUGACUCUGAACGAUCGCUCUUUUAUUGGUACAAAAUGAACUUCGGACACAUGAUCCAAAGAGUUUUGAUGGGCAGUUUUAACAAACUAACUCUUGAAGCACAGUUUCAAAACUCAAGAUAUGAUGUCAAAAAAGUGGGGAAUGGUUACGCUCUUGAGAUAAAGAAUGUCAGCAAAGACGACGAAGCAACAUACUUCUGUCAAGUAGGAGCAGCGUACACGAUGGAAUUCAUCAAUGUCACAUUUCUGGCUGUGAAUGAACCUAAACAAAUGCAUCAAGAUGUAAAUGUGAGACAAAGUUCAGAUGUGGAGUUCGUCUCACUGGGCACCGCAGUGAAGCUGCACUGUUCUCUUCUUUCAAAGAACAACGCACAUGUAAAUCAGUGCCCAGAUGAAAACAGAGUUUACUGGUACAGAGCUGGUUCAGAAUCACAUCCAGGAGCAAUUUACAAAAGCAGAUCCACCUGUGACGAUCCGGCCGGAGGGAGCUGUUUCUACCACCUGUCCAAAGCUAUAAACAAAUCCUCGGACGCUGGGACUUACUAUUGUGCGGUGCUCACAUGUGGAGAGAUCCUGUUUGGUAAAGGAACUAAAGUGGAGAUAAAAUCGGAUCUGCAGCUGAUGGUGAUCAUUCUCGGGGCACUGCUGGCCUGCUCUGUACUUGUGAAUAUAACUUUGAUUCUUGCCAGAAGAAAGCAGAAGCCAGUUUGUGACCACUGCAAAGGAGAAGUACCAGCUUCCCAAAAGGUUCUGCAGGAUGGCUCAGCUGUGGAUCAUCAAAGUCAUGUGGAUGCUGAUGAAGAUGGAAUAAACUAUGUAGCCCUGGACUUCCCCUCGAGAAAAGCUAAAAGAUGGAAAAAUAACCGGGAGUCAUCAGAAGACUGUACAUAUUCAAGUAUGAAAUAAUACAAUCAGUAAAGAGCAGUUCCCUAGAAUAGGGAGCGAUAUACAGUUACUAUAUCUAUUUACUGUAAUAUAGCAUUGUGAUAUAGGUUAACAGGCAGCAUUGAAUUAUUAAUUUAAUAAUUAAAUGUUUGUGUUUAUCUUAUGUACAUUUUUCAAUUAUUUCAUCUCUGACUGAUGCUCAUAUAUCUAAAACAUUUUAUUAAAAGUGAAUAUUCCAAUAAA